AUGAGUUCCCUCAAGCAGUUCAUUCGAAAUGUGCGUGCGGCCAAGACGAUCGCAGACGAGCGAGCUGUCAUUCAGAAAGAGAGCGCUGCCAUCCGCGCCAGCUUUCGAGAGGAGAGCCACGAUCCCAACAUUCGUCGUAACAACGUCGCAAAGUUACUCUACCUGUUCACCCUUGGAGAGCGAACCCACUUUGGACAGAUCGAAUGCUUGAAGCUCCUCGCCUCCCCUCGAUUCGCUGAUAAACGUCUGGGACAUCUGGCUACAAGUUUGUUGUUGGAUGAAAAUCAAGAAGUAUUGACUUUGGUUACCAACUCCCUCAAGAAGUACACUUCUCCUAACGCCCUACAAAUCGAACAUCUGGUUGCUGACUUUGGAAAUAUCGCCUCGAUUGAGAUGUCACGGGAUCUCUUCCCCGAAAUCGAGACCCUCGUAGCCACAGCCAACCCAUAUAUUCGAAGAAAGGCGGCUUUGUGCGCAAUGCGCAUAUGUCGAAAGGUUCCAGACUUACAAGAGCACUUCAUUGACAAGGCUACACAGCUUCUGUCCGACAGAAACCACGGCGUCUUGCUCUGCGGUCUUACUCUGGUGACAAGCCUCUGCGAAGCAGAUGAGGAGGAGGGUGGAGAAGAAGGAAUUGUUGAAAAGUUCAGGCCUUUUGUUCCGGGACUUGUUAGAACCCUGAAAGGGCUCGCUACUUCAGGCUACGCACCCGAACACGACGUUACUGGUAUUACCGACCCUUUCCUGCAGGUCAAGAUCCUUCACCUUCUGCGAGUCCUGGCUGUGGGUGAUGCAGAGACCAGCGAGCAGAUCAACGAUAUCCUUGCCCAGGUUGCUACCAACACCGAAUCAUCCAAGAAUGUUGGGAAUUCCAUCCUGUACGAAGCUGUGCGCACGAUUCUCGACAUCGAGGCCGAUUCUGGAUUAAGGGUGCUCGGUGUCAACAUUCUGGGCAAGUUCCUCACCAACCGCGAUAACAACAUCCGAUACGUGGCUCUUAACACCCUGAUCAAGGUUGUCGCCAUCGAGCCCAAUGCUGUGCAGAGACAUCGAAACACCAUCCUGGAAUGUUUGAGAGACCCUGAUAUCAGUAUUCGCCGUCGAGCUCUGGACCUGAGCUUUACCUUGAUUAACGAGAGCAAUGUUCGAGUGUUGAUUCGGGAGCUUCUUGCCUUCUUGGAGGUUGCCGAUAAUGAGUUUAAGCCAACAAUGACCAGCCAGAUAGGUAUCGCCGCUGACAAGUUUGCGCCUAACAAGCGAUGGCAUUUCGACACAAUGCUCCGAGUUUUAUCUCUUGCUGGUAACUACGUCAAGGAGCAGAUCCUAUCAUCAUUUGUUCGCCUCGUCGCUACUACCCCUGAGCUACAGACUUAUGCGGUUCAGAAACUCUAUAUCAACCUCAAGAAAGACAUUACUCAGGAGAGUCUGACGCAGGCUGGUGCUUGGUGUAUCGGCGAAUAUGCAGACGCUUUGCUUAAGGGUGGACAAUAUGAGGAAGAGGAGCUUGUGCAGGAGGUUAAGGAGCAUGAGGUUGUCGACUUGUUCUCACUGAUUCUUAACAGUGCAUACGCCACACAAGUGUCAACAGAGUACAUUGUGACAGCCUUGAUGAAGUUAACGACCCGCUUCUCUGACCCAGCUCAGAUCGAGAAGAUCCGAAGGAUCCUGCAAUAUCACCAGACCAGCCUCGAUAUCGAGAUUCAGCAGCGAGUCGUUGAAUAUGGCAACCUCUUCAGCUUCGAUCAGGUCCGACGUGGAGUGCUCGAGAAGAUGCCUAUUCCUCAGAUCAAGGAGGAGUCUCGUGUUCUUGGACAAGCUCCUACAAAGAAGAAGGCCGCCAACAGGAAGUCAAGAGUCAUCAAGCCAACAGAACAAGACCUCCUGGAUAUUAUGGACGCGCCUGCUGCGUCACCAGCUGCUUCCUCAACGACCAACACUGAUCUCCUCGCCGAUAUCUUAGGUGGUACCUCGUCUCCUCCUCCAUCUGCCUCCUCGCCGCCUCCUCAGCAAUCCAAUGUAUCGAAUAUCAUGGACCUAUUUGGCUCUGCCCCUGUGCCAUCUACGGUUUCCCCAGCCCCACCAUCAUCGAACCUCGACCUCAUGUCUCCCGUGUCGUCAGCACCUCAGCCUCAGGCACCUGCCGGUAUUCCCUGCUAUAACGCAAAUGACCUUAACGUGACAUUCCAGAUCCAACGCAACGCAGAGGGUAUGAUUCAAGCCACCGCAAAGUUCGUCAACACUUCUGGUUCAGCAAAUCUGUCCAAUGUAUCUCUACAAGCUGCCGUUCCCAAGUCUCAGAAGCUGCAACUGCUGAGCAUCUCUUCAUCGGACCUCGGACCUGGAGCUGAAGCCAGCCAGAUGAUGCGAGUGUCCGGAUGCAAAGGGCCUCUGCGUCUGCGCUUGAGGAUUGCAUACACGCACCCAACUGCUGGACAGGUCAUGGAUCAAGUCAACUGGACAGAGUCGUCCUAG